CGCCCCUGGCGCUGAGCCCGCCCUCUUGUCUUGGUCCAGAAGGUUCCAGGUUCCAGCAGCUUUUCACCAUGAUGGGACAGCAGGUUCUAGUGCUCAAUCAGAACAUCAAGAGAGAGUCGGGACGCAAAGUCCAGACAGGAAACAUCAACGCUGCUAAGACCAUUGCAGAUGUGAUCAGGACGUGUCUCGGCCCGCGGGCCAUGAUGAAGAUGCUGCUGGACCCCAUGGGAGGCAUCGUGAUGACCAACGAUGGGAACGCCAUCCUCAGAGAGAUCCAGGUCCAGCAUCCCGCCGCCAAGUCCAUGAUCGAGAUCAGCCGCACGCAGGACGAAGAGGUCGGAGACGGGACCACGUCAGUCAUCAUCCUCGCGGGGGAGAUGCUGUCUGUGGCGGAGCAGUUCCUGGAGCAGCAGAUGCACCCGACGGUGAUCAUCAGCGCCUACAGACAGGCUCUGGAGGACAUGCUGGACACGCUCAAGGACAUCAGCACGCCGGUGGACACGGCGGACCGCUCCAUGAUGCUGAAGAUCGUCCACUCGGCCAUCAACACCAAAGCUCUGAGCCGCUGGUCGGAGCUCGCCUGCAGCAUCGCGCUGGACGCCGUCCGCACCGUGGAGCUGGACGAGAACGGCCGCAAGGAGAUCGACAUCAAGAAGUACGCCAAGGUGGAGAAGGUUCCCGGGGGGAUCAUCGAGGACUCGUGCGUGCUGAGAGGCGUGAUGGUGAAUAAGGACGUGACUCACCCCAGGAUGCGGCGUCUGAUCCGGGCGCCGCGGAUCGUGCUGCUGGACUGUUCUCUGGAGUAUAAGAAGGGCGAGAGCCAGACGGACAUCGAGAUCAGCAGGGAGGAGGACUUCGCCAGGAUCCUGCAGAUGGAGGAGGAGUACAUCCAGCAGAUCUGUGAGGACAUCAUCCGCCUGAAACCAGACCUGCUGUUCACUGAGAAGGGCAUCUCAGAUCUGGCUCAGCAUUACCUGAUGAAGGCCAACAUCACCGCCAUCCGCCGCGUCAGGAAGACAGACAACAACCGCAUCGCCAGGGCGUGCGGCGCCCGCAUCGUGAGCCGUACCGACGAGCUGCGUGAGGAGGACAUGGGGACGGGGGCGGGGCUCUUCGAGGUGAAGAAGAUCGGAGACGAGUAUUUCACCUUCGUCACCGAGUGCAAAGACCCCAAAGCCUGCACCAUCCUGCUGCGCGGCGCCAGCAAGGAGAUCCUCGCCGAGGUGGAGCGGAACCUGCAGGACGCCAUGCAGGUGUGCCGUAACGUGCUGCUGGACCCCUUCCUGCUGCCCGGCGGCGGCGCCAUCGAGAUGGCUGUGUCUAAGCGCCUGAUGGAGCGCUCCCGCGCCCUGACCAGCAUCGAACAGUGGCCGUACCGCGCCGUGGCCCAGGCCCUGGAGGUCAUCCCCCGGACCCUGAUCCAGAACUGUGGAGCGUCCACCAUCAGAGUGCUGACGUCACUGAGGGCCAAACACACCCAGGAGGACAGUGUGAGUUGGGGCGUGGAUGGUGAGACAGGCUGUCUGUCUGACAUGUCGUCUCUGGGGAUCUGGGAGCCGCUCGCCGUCAAAGCUCAGACCUACAAGACCGCCGUGGAGACGGCGAUCCUGUUGCUGCGUAUCGAUGACAUCGUUUCUGGUCACAAGAAGAAAGACAAAGAUGAGCAGAUGGGAGGACAGGGAGCAGAGUGACCUGUCUGUCUGUCUGUCUGUCUGUCUGUCUGUCUGUCUGU